CCCGGCGGAGGCGCGUGCGCAGCGCGCGUCGGCGGCAGGGGGCGUCCGGCGGAAGUGGCGCGCGGCGCCGGCCCGGAGCUUGCAUCAAUCAUGGAGAAGUUUGGCAUGAACUUUGGAGGGGGCCCAAGUAAAAAAGAUCUUCUGGAGACUAUUGAAUCGCAGAAGAAGCAGCUUCUUCAGUACCAGGUUCGGCUGAAGGAUGUCGUCAGAGCCUACAAGAGCCUACUCAAGGAGAAGGAAGCCUUGGAAGCCAGCUUGAAAGUAUUGUCCGUGUCUCACGAGGCGGAUCUUGGCCUGAGCGGUGCUCAGCCUGUGUCUGUGCCGAACUCCAGCUCUUCCUUUGCCGAUUCUGCUGAUGACAGGAGUUCGGUUCACAGUGAAGAUAGCGCGGGGACAGCUACCAGUGCAGACACUGCUGCCAGUCUGGCCAGUACCAAGGGUGAACCAGGGCCUGAGGAUGAUAAGCCCACGGCUGCCGCUUUCUCUCUUAAAUCAGAAGAGACGAGCGGUUCAGAGAGCGGCAUCAGCACGAGCAGCGGGGAUGUGUCAUCUGCUGCUAGCGAGGCUGAUAAGAGAGUCCUCCAGCUGAAGACCCAGCUGGCCACUUUGACCAGUGCUCUGUCAACAGUCACGCAGGAGAAGUCCCGCAUGGAAGCCUCCUACCAAGCGGACAAGAAGAAGAUGAAGCAGGACCUGGAUGACGCCAUUAAGAAAGCAGAGGACGAGACCGAGAAGUUGGAGACGGAGCUGAAAUCUGUCCAGGAGCAGCUCGCCGAGACCAAAGCCCGUCUGAUCACGCAGCAGCACGACCGAGCCCAGGAACAGGCUGACCAUGCUGUCAUGCUGCGGGAGCUGCAGAAGCUGCUGCAGAGCGAGAGGACUUUGCGCCAGGACGCGGAGCUGAAGCUGGAGGAGACCAGGGAGGUGCUGGCCGGCAGGGCGUGCAUGGCUGACCGCGCCGAGGGGUACGAGCUGCAGAUCAAACAGCUGAGCCAGGAGGUGGAGGACCUGAAGAGAGAGCUGCAGGCUGUCCAGGAGGAGAGCAACAAGCCAGACCCCCGGAUACAGGAUCUGCAGGAGGAGAUGGCCAGCCUUAAGAACCACUUCCACGUGCAGCUGUUGCAAGAGAUGAAGAAGACUGCGCAGGCGGAGGAGCAGCUCCGCCAGCACGCCCAGAUGGAGGAGCGGCGAGUGGCCGACUUGGAGAGCCAAGUCUCCGAAGUGUCCGAACUACUUGGCACUUACGAAAAAGCCAAGCAGAAAGACCAGGCGGUCAUUCAGAAGCUAAAGGACCGCAUCGUGCAGUUGGACCUGGAGAACAAAACCCUGGCCAUCGCUGCCUCCAGCCGAUCCCCAGUUGAUAUUCACAUAGAAGAAUCCAACCUCGAUGUUAACGUUCUGAAGGAUAAAAUGGAGAAGCUGAAGAAGCUCUUGCAGGCAGCAGCGAAGAAGAGCCAGCCCGCUCUGGACAUCGAGAAGCUGUGUGAGCUGGAGCUGCCAAAGGGCACUGAGACUGGGGAUGGUGAGAAGGCCACUGCUUUGUACUAUCAGCAGGAGCUGAAGCAGCUGAAGGAAGAGUUUGAAAGGUACAAGAUGAGGGCACAAGUGGUUCUCAAGAACAAGUCGGCCAAAGAUGGCAAUCUGGCUAAAGAACUGGAGGAGGCUCAAGAGCAGCUGGCUGACCUGAAGGAGAAAUACAUUGUGCUUCAGCUCUCCUCUGAUGAAAUGGAGAAGCAGCACCAGCAAGACAUGGAAGCCAAGAAGCAAGAGUUGUCCCAGCUGCAGCAAAUUCACCGGCAGGAAUUAGAGCGAUGCCAGCUGGACUACAGGGAGCGGGCGCUGAAGCUGGAGGAGGAGAUGCACAAACAGCGGGACCGAGCACUGGCGGUGCUGGCAGAAAAGGACCAAGAGCUGGAGCAGCUGAGAUCUGUCACGUUGCCUUACGGGCUUCAAGGAUCCAAAAAUUACCUAGCGCCAGGCGCUGACGUUACUAGCAGUGACUCACCAGGUAACGAUUCCUCAGAGAUGCUCCCCCAGGCUCUGCAUCUCUCUGCUGCCAGCGAGCCCACCUUCUUCUUGUACGCGGAGCAGCUGGCUCGCAAAGAAGUGGAAAUUGUGGCGCUGAGGAAGCAGAAGCACAAGCUGGAAAUGCAAGUUCACCAGCUGCAGGAGAAAAUCUUGGUUGAGGAGGAGAAGCACCGGGAAGAGGUAUCCGCACUUCAAAGCGAAAUCGAGAAGAACUUCAGAGACAGGAGCAGAGAGGGAGCCAACCUGGAAUACCUCAAGAACAUUGUCUAUAGAUUUUUGACGCUGCCGGAUUCUCUUGGUCGCCAGCAGACCCUAACUGCCAUAUUGACUAUUCUGCAUUUCAGCCCCGAAGAAAAGCAAACGAUCACAAAACAGUCGGCUCAGAGCAGCUGGUGGCUUUCUGGGAAGAGAUGAGGCGGUAGCUUUUAUUCCUAACCGCUUUCGCACAGUAACAGGUUUCUGAUUAUUAACUAAGACCACUUCACUUGCGGUGUAACCUCUUUCCAGCCGUGCAGUGGAGCAGGGAGCUCUCAGCAAAGAAUUGGGCUUAACCUAGUGCUCUCAGCACUCGUUUACAGUAGAGUUGUGCCAACCGCUCCACUAGGGUCACAGUGCCGUCUUGCCCUCUGGUGUGAGAACUUGCUCUGAGUUGGAACUUGAUUUAAAAAAAGAAGAAAAAAAAAAAGUGAAGAUACUGAUGCUUUUUUAAACACAGUUUUAAAAAAAAUCCCUACCUGUCAGGCGUAGGAUGAGGAGCUCUGUCAGGGUGCAACUCUCUUGUCUCUUCAAACACCAGACAGAUUUAAAGGUGAGGGGGAAGCACUUAAUAUGGUGCUAAAAUAGCAUAAGACAAAAGAGCUGAGAGCCUGCAAGAAUGAUGAGUCUUAACUGCCAGCGUCAUCCAAAUGCAGAAAAUCUUGAGUGAUUUCUCAAAAGUUGGUUUUCUUUUUUUUUACCUAGAGCCAAAUUUAUCCCAGUGGAGGCAGCAGCUCCUGGCAGCACCGGGGACUGUCGGGUGGCACAGUGUGUUACGGUGUGUGACAUUGCGGACUAGGGAUACUCGUUGCAGUUAUUGGUGUUUCCCGGGAAGGAGGAAAGGUAUCCCAAGCGUUUAACAGUUUGAACCGCUGUAACUGCAGUGCUGCCAGAGGGGUUCCCCACCAGCGUCACGCCAGCAGGUGCCGUGCAGCAGUUCUCUGGAGCGGGUGUCUGAGCUUUCUCACGCUCUCUGCGAUGGGAAGCAGGCUGUCGCGGAAAGCAAAGUGAGGAAAGGCUGCAAUAGGCACGUUGACCCUUCAGGCAGUCAUUUUCCGAGCGUUUGGGAGUUCUGGUGAAGUUUGGGUUGUUCCGCGAUGUUGGUUUGGGAAGCAAGGGGUUGCUCCUGCUGGGAUGGAAGCAGCAGCGAGGGGCGGAAGGUGACAGCUCUGGGGUUGGUGCGUGCCCUGGGCUUGCAGUGAAGACUGUGAGGGUGAAGGCCUGGCCGGCUGCCGUGUGGACCUUGGUGUUCUUGCGUAACUUCCUUGCAAGUCGUUAAGCGUGGCAGGAAGGAAGCCAAAACGUUUUGAAACACCUCUGGCUUUGGCGGAGCGCAGUCCGCUCCCCGCUGGCCUUCCUGCGUUCUGCAGUUGUGCUCCGGGUCCGCCGACUCCCGGCUGCUUAAGAGCCAGGACACCGGAGCUGAACGCCUUGGCUUGCUGGGAAAACGGCUGAAAUAGGCGUUGUGUGAACGGCUGCAAGACUAAAACCACGACAGCGUGUGUUUUGAACGUUAGUGGGGUGUGUGAGAAGGGUCGGGGCUGCAGGGAGCUGCGGCGUGCGGCUGCGAGCGCGCUGGGGGAGCUGCCUGCUCCUGCCCCCCGGCUCGCUGUGAGACCAGCGCCAGCACGAGACGACUCCUCUCCCCUCUGCCACAGCAGGAACCUGACGCUUGUUGUUUGAGCCCUGCGCGCGGGUGCCUUGAGAGCCGACAGGCUGGAGAAAGGGAACGCGCCGUUUCACCCUCAAAGCCCAGUUUUGGCUGGUCGAGGGCAGGCUUUGCCCGGUUGCCUUCCCUUCGCCUGCCAUCUCGCCCCGCCAGGCUGGUGGUUGAGACGGGGGAAGCAGCCACCCGCCUACAGGGACAGGCUGGGUUCCCCGGGGACCUCCCCAGCCGAGCCCCUGGGUGCUGGGGCCACUAGAGGGCACCCACUGGUCGCCCAGUCCCCGGGACCCAGGGGUGCAGCAUCCGUCCCGCUGCAGCCCCCCCGGCACUGCCCGGACCUGCUCCCCUGGGACGGGCCCUGGCUCUGAAAAGCAGCACACAAGCAAAGCAGCAGAGCGGCGUGAGAGGGCUCAGUGGCCGAGCCCGGAUCCUGGCUGGUUGGUGUGGCCGGGGGGGCAAUGCCGUAUCUCGGGGCGGCUCACACGGGGGCUUUGGGCGGUUCUGCGGGGUCAGCAGGGCGGGUUUCCCUGUCCCAAACGGUGUCUGCUGCACUGAGCUGCUCCUGGGGACUGGCACAGGGUGCCAACGCUUUCUGUAUCGAAGGGUAUGCAAGGUCAGGAGAAAAAAACCAAGUGUGUGCCAGCCAUUGUGUGUCCGGUGCCGCCUGUUGGCAUUAAGUUAUCCGACAUGGGAAGAUGGAGCAUCUCUGCGAGGCCGGCGGCGCUGUGCUGGCUGGCUCUCCUGGAAAAGCGCCCAUCGGGAAGUGUUUGUGCUGAUAUUUAAAUGGUCACUACUCUCUUAAAACCAGGGAGGGAUGUUUUGCUUCCAGAGAUGCUGGGUAGUUGCCUGCAGCCCUGGGAACCGGCUACUCCCAGCUGGGCUUUUACUGAGGCUUCUAGAGCUUUCUCAUCUGCGUAGGCAAAAAUCUCACUCGAGUUUUGUUUUCAUGCACCUGCGUUGUUUUUAAUUAAAGCUUGGCUACUAAAACACAACUUCCCAGUCCCAGAGCACAGGGGAAGCGUUUGUAAACACGGGCAUUAAGUCUUGUUUUAACAAUCCCCAGGUCUCUCGCGAGUCCUGGGGCCGAGUUAACGAACAGGUUGGUUGAGCAGCUCUCCGUGCCGAGGCGGAACAGCCUGGGCAGCUUUUUGGGUGGGAUGCUGCUCUCCUGGGCAGCACCGUUUCGGCCGGGUUGACGAGCCGUCGUUGUUCCAGCCGGACGAGCCCCGCUGCUCAGCACCGUCUCUGCUGCUCGCUCUUGAGCGCACGGUCCUUGCGCCGGCCGCAGCGGUGCAGGUUUUCUCGCAGGGGUUUGUCGGGCUGGUUUUCUGGCAGAGGAAGCGGGGUCUGCGAGGCCGCAGGAGCCGAGCGGGGCUCCCCAGCCCACGCACCUUUCCUCUGCAAUCCCCCUGCCCGGCACGCGGGGAGAGCUUUAGCUGCUGGGCGGGACGGAGUCCUUUCCCCUCUGGUGCUGUGCCAGCAGAUCCUCGUCCUGCCAGCGGCCAAGUCCCUGGAGCGCGCUCCACAAAUCCCACCUUGCUGAAGGCAAGGGCAGUGCUCCGGCUAAUGCAACCCUUGGUGCCAAUUUCUCCUCAAAAAAAAAAAAAAAAAAAAAAAAUCCUCAGGGAAAAAACGCCCCGGGCAGAGCCUGUGGCUGCUGGAGGUCUGGGGAGGGGAUGGCAAAGCCAAGCAGGCAGCAGUUCCUCGUGCUGGCGUGGACGUUGCCCCUGCGCAGGAUCCGUGUGCCGCUCUGAUGGAGGCAACUGGAUGGACGUUGGAGAGUUUGUUCCAGGGAGCACGUGGUCUUGGGCUCCUCGGCUUUGAGAUGCUUCUCAAUGGUACGAGUGUUGGCUCAGCCAAGGGAUCUGCCGAGAAGAGCCUGGUCUCUGGUCCCGGUUUGGAAAGAUUGGAUCAAGUGGUGCCUCUGAAACCACAGGGAUGGCUCAGAAUCUUACCCUGCAGCAGCAGGAGCCGUUCCCACAAUGCCCGAGGGUGAUGAUGGUUCCUCCUGCAUCGUCUUCGCUGCCCGCACUGCCGGGCGAUCCCUGCUCUGCCUUUGCCUCCUGCUCUUCAGGAAGAGCCUCUGGCUGGAGAACGAAGGCACCUGGCAGAGAUCCCGAGUGGUGGCGGGUUUCGUGACGGUCGUCCCAUGCAGCAGGACGGACUCGGCUGUCCCGGGAGCACUGUGAGGUGGCUCUUCCCCACCCACAGGUCCGGGAUCCUCCUGGGGCAGGAAGAAUUGCCAGCCAAGCUGGAAGGAGCCCGGCGGGCGGGGAGGGUGCAGCAGGGGCGGUGACGGUGAAGGGACCAAAACGGGGUCCAGCUGGGACCAUGCGGAGCCGCUGCUCAGUGACCAGCGGGGUUUAAGGAGCGUCUCCUCGCCUGAUGGAGGAAAAAAGGAGCAGCUACAAAGGAGGUGGCCGUGGGGGAACAUCUCCAGGAGCUGCCAAAGCAAGGCCCUUUGUGUUAUUGUUGAUCUCGUCCAGCUCUCCCAGCGCGAUUCCUUCCUCUGGGCCCCUCCGGCCCCUCUCCCUACUCCUCCUUCCCUCAGACCUUCCCCCACCUCCCUCCCGCUCUCUUCAGUCAGCCGCUGCCCCUGAAAUAAAAGUGAAAAACACCCCCUUUGGAGCCUGA